AUGGAGUUUUGUAAAAAAGAAAUUCAUGAGUUGCUUCAGAAGAAAAUAAUUCGCAAAAGUAAGUCUCCUUGGUCAUGUCCUGCUUUUUAUGUCCAGAAAAAUGUUGAGCUAGAAAGAGGAGUCCCAAGAUUAGUUAUCAAUUACAAGCCACUUAAUUCAGUCUUAGAAUGGAUUAGGUACCCCAUACCUAAUAAAAGAGACCUGAUUAAUAGAUUAGAAAAAGCAGUUGUUUAUUCCAAAUUUGAUAUGAAGAGUGGUUUCUGGCAAAUCCAAAUAGACGAGUCAGAUAUAUAUAAGACUGCAUUUGUCACCCCUUUUGGUCAUUAUGAAUGGAAUGUAAUGCCAUUUGGUCUAAAAAAUUCCCCUAGCGAAUUCCAAAAUAUUAUGAAUGAAAUUUUUAAUCCUUACAGUCAUUUCUCAAUUGUCUAUAUUGAUGAUGUUCUCAUCUUUUCUGAGUCAAUAGAACAGCAUUGGAAACAUUUGCAUAAAUUCCUUCAAAUUGUCAAACAGAAUGGUCUAGUUGUUUCUGCCAAGAAAAUCAAGUUAUUCCAAACCAAUAUCAGAUUUCUUGGUUUCAAUAUCUGCCAGUCACAAAUCUCCCCAAUUGAUCGAGUCAUUCAGUUUGCUGACAAAUUUCCUGAUCAAAUUCUUGAUAAAAGUCAACUCCAGAGGUUCCUAGGAUCUCUAAAUUAUGUUUCUGAUUUUUACAAAAAUCUGAGAAAGCAAUGUAAGCCCUUGUUUGAUAGAUUGCAGAGUAAUCCUCCCCCAUGGUCAACCAUCCAUACUGAAGUCGUCAAACAAAUCAAAGCCCAUGUCAAGACACUUCAAUGUCUUGGUAUCCCUUCAGUUGAUUCCUUUAAGAUAGUUGAAACUGAUGCCUCUGACAUAGGUUAUGGUGGUAUCCUCAAACAAAGAGCCUGUCCAAAUUCUCCAGAACAGAUUGUUCGCUUUCAUUCCGGUACUUGGACCCAGUCACAAUAUAAUUAUAGUACUAUUAAAAAGAAAUAUUAG